AUGAUGAACGGCAGAGACCGUCCCCGCGGGCCUCCGCCAGGGCCGCUACCAAACCGUGGAGAUUUACAGUCUGAUACGGGCUCUAGCCCAAGCACUAUGACAAGAGGGGCCGCCUUCGAGGACGAGAAGAAGCGGAUCAUUCAUAGCUGUUUCGCAAAAAAGGAUGAAGAUGGCCUGUUACUCGAAUCUUACAUCACCCACGUCCGCAUCACCGAGGAUGCAGCGCACCCCUCGAGCCCUUCCCCGCCAAAAGGACCACCGGAGAACAAGAAACCCCGUAUCAUUAUCAUAGCGGUUCGAAAGUCGGGCAGAGUCCGCAUACACAAAGCUCGAGAGAACAACGAGGGGACUUUCUCUAUCGGCAAAACUUGGAUGCUUGACGAUCUAACCGCAAUCCAAUCAUUUACCGCUCUUGUGCCGAAAACACCAGGAGAACAGCAACAAAAAGAAUGGGCUAGCAAUGUAGGAUUCACGGUCACAAUUGGAAAGCCAUACUACUGGCAUGCCAGAACUUCUAAGGAAAAGGAGUUCUUCAUCGGGAGCCUGGUCAAGAUCUACAGGAAAUACACCAAUGGAAAAGUCCCCAACCUUAUUGGCUUUGAUGACAAUGAGCGACAAAUGCUGGUGAGGCAUGGACAAUCGGGGCAAUCAGCACAGCCAGGACAACCGGGUGGUCCUUCACAUGGUCCACCAAGGGGUCAGCCAUUACAGCCAGGCGGUCCCUCACAUGGCCCACCGCCAAGGGGACAACCAGCACCUCCAGCACAACCAGGCGGUCCUUCAAAUGGUCCACCGACAAGGGGCCCGGGCCAAAUGCCUUCGGCAUCGGAUAGUCAGUUGCCCACCUCGCUACAACCGUCCUAUAGAGGCCGUGAUCCCAGUCGCGAUGCGCCUCGGGAUGUCAAAAGGAAGCCUUCCGAAGACCCCACCCUUCGCACGCAAAAGAGCCGCGAGCAGGUGUCUCGGCCAUCGACCGGUUCUCGGCCAUCUACAGGACAGGGCAGACCGGCACCAUCUCCCUUUGAUCUACAUAAAUCCCCUCCUUCGCUCCUUUCUGGACCACCUCUGGACCAGCAACCCCCGCCACGUGCGCCUGAGCGUAACGCAGCAAACGCAAAACCCCCGAAUUCACUAUUAGAGCCGAGAGGAACAGAUAAUCUAAACGUUGCAGCACAAGCUAGCAGCUAUGCCGAUAUCCCAGAGUCACUCCGCCCAUCUUCGGCUCGCAGCCAGGAUCGUGGUGCCAAAUUCUCAGCUCCUGCUGCACAGCCAGUGCAGAGCAAGUCGCCGGAAUCCACGCGCAGCCAGGACCGUGGUCCUCAACCCCCACCUCUUGCCACUCAGUCAAUCCCCAGCAAGGCACCGGAGUUCAUGCGCAGCAAUGAGGCACUUCGUCCUACCACUUCUGGUUCAUUUAAUAACGAGAGUGAAGACACACCUCCACGCCCCACGCCUAGCUUUGGGCCAAAGUCGCCCCAGCGUGGUAGCGGCGAGAAGGCAUUCACUUUUAAUCAGCCCUCCCCGCCUCAAGAGAGAACUGCAUCAGAUGGCUUGGUAUCCGAGACUUCCGCACAGCCCCGGGAACCAUCUUCGUCACCGGCAAUUGAGGGACUAGCUGCAGAGCCUGCUGCUAUGAUUGCUGCAAAUCUGCCCUCGGUAGAGCCUAUUCAUCCUUCCAAUGAAAAGCCCAAGACCCCUGUCGAAACCACUCCUGCUGUGGACUUGCCAUCUCAGGCUUCUCCAGAGCAGGAAGAAGAACGCCCGGGACUCGGCCCUAUGGUCAAGAAAAAGGAAGGCAAAGAUAUUGCAGGAGCCUGGAGAAAGGCUGCAAAUGCUUAUAGUUCUUUCAAGCCCAGGGCUGGUGGUGCUGGUGAGCGACUGCUGGCAGCCGCGAAGAAGUCACAGGUCGAUGCUGCGGGCCCUGAUGGCAUCACCAGCGUGGUUCCGGCACCGUCCCUUACUCGGUCGGCAACGGAUCCCCCACAGAGUCCAGUGGCAACAACGUCAGAACAAGAUCUACAAAUUCCCGCCCCCGCUGCAGGCUCAGAGACACCUACUGUCGAGAUCACAAAGCCAGCUCCUGAGGAGACCGCGGCGGCCAAUGUCCAGACUCCCGAGGUAUCUCGGGAUAACCUCUCUGAUGUUGUUGUAAAAGUUGAAGAUCGUUCAAGAUCGCCAUCCCCGGCAGCCCAGGGACGUCGUCGCAGGCGUCGUGAAGACCACACUAUGAAAUAUUGUCAAGCCCUUGGAAUUGAUCCCAGCAUUCUCGACGGACGUGGUAUUGACUUUGAUGACAUUCUCACUGAUCUAGGAUGGAAUGGGCGAUUGGCCGAUGAACAGAAGAUUGAAGAUUUAGAAGCAGAUGUUCGCCGUGAAAUUGGCCGUGUCGAGGCCACCAGCUGGCUUGGCAACCUUGAGCAACAGGAAGGAAAAGUGGAACAACUUGCAAGCUUGAUCGACAGAACUAUUGAAGAGUGUGAUGAGCUGGAUGGUCUAUUGACUCUUUACUCUCAUGAACUUAACACUCUUCACGAAGAUGUCGCCUAUAUUGAAGCUCAAGGUCAAGGUCUACAGGUACAGGCAGCAAACCAGAAGCUGCUGCAAAAUGAGCUGCAAACGCUUUUGAAGACACUUUCAAUAUCUCCGUCUGAACUAGGACCUCUCAAAGAGGCUUCUUUGAGCAACCCAGAUGGGCUGAAGGAUACUGAAGGCGCCCUGGCGACGUUGUACAAGGCCAUGGUCACGAUUGACUCUGACAUUGGACAAAACAAGAAGCGUCAAGUGGAUGCCAGCGUCGGUGUGUAUGCUGAUACAGAAAUUGGCCAAAUGCGUGCGAUCAAACAAAAGAAGGAAGAGUAUCGCUCUACUGCAAACUUGUUCCUCAGCCGACUACAGCAGUUCAUGGCCCUUGCCUUCAAAAUGGCAGAACAACAACGUGUUGAUUUCGCCAAUGGUGCCAAGGAUUCGAUGAAAUUGGACAGUGCCGCACGAGGGCACUUCCGUCAAGAGGUCUGGCGGUAUAAUGCCUUGAUGCUAUUUGCUAAGGAGGUCAGCAUGGCAGAGUGGCAUAGCCUUGUCGGUCUCUAUGAGCAGCAAUCCAAACCUUCGUACCAGAGUGACUUCCGCGACAAUAAUCUGGCUUGGAAGAAAACCGCGCGCAAACCGACGGGAGAUGAGCAGGAACUCCUUUUCACACAUCAAGAGAAAGAGAAAGAGGCUGAGGGCCUGACCAUGGCUGCAAGAAAACUGACGGUGCGGCGAGGCAAAACGGUGCGGGCUGCCGCAGGGCUUCGACUGGCUUCGGGUGGUGGGAAGAAGGAAGGAAGGGCUGAGCCGUCUGAGGUAUUUGCUGGGACUUUGCGGGAGACACUGAACAUGAUGGCUCAGGAGCAGAACUUCAUUAUCCAAUUCUUCCAUCUCGAUUCUCUUGCCAGCGCCGAUUUUUCCGAUUUGGUGGCUGCGACCAUUCCGGAAAACCGCUCUUGUCCCGAUUUCUCUGCCAACCAGCCGCAUGACCCUGAUCGAGGAACGGCAAAGAGAGUCGAGCACAUCAUGGAUGAGGUUUAUUCAUUCUGGCCGAAUGACAUGCAAAGCAUGGUGGAUUGGGCGAUGCAGGCCGAUCCCCUUCAAGGAAUCGGUAUUCUCUAUGCCUUGGAGAUUGCCAUGAAUGACUUUGAUGACACGAAUCAAGAGUUUAUUCUUCAUGCACUCCAAAAAAUCCAUUCGCGCCUGAUGGGGCUCUUCAACCGAUUUGUCGAUGAGCAAAUUCGAGGCAUUGAGGACACCAAAGUUAAGGUGAACAAACGGAAGGGAGUGAUUUCCUUCAUGCGAGUGUUCCCCAACUUCUCCAAUGCGGUGGAAAGCAUGCUGUCCUCCCCGUCCAAUGCCUUCUGUGAUAUUCGCGUUAGCGUCAAUGACGCGUACGACCGCAUCAACCGUGCGAUGUGGGAGUCACUCAAAUUCAUUGCCAAGGAAGCUCCCGGCCAACCUCCGGGUGGCACUGCGGGUGCGGGAGAUCCGGAAGAUAAGGAGAUUCUGAACUACCACAUCCUCCUCAUUGAGAAUAUGAACCACUACAUCGAGGAAGUGGAUGUGCAUAACAUCCCCGCGCUUGAACGGUGGACUCAUCGGGCCCACCAAGACUUCCAGGAGCACAUGAAGCUCUACCUCGAUGCGGUCAUUCACCGUCCACUAGGCAAAUUAAUUGAUUUCGUGCAAUCAAUUGACAGUCUGCUCGCUGCAGGCGGUAACCCGACCGAUAUCGCAGCCCGUGCCAGCCACUCCCGUAUGGUGGCAAAGAAGAUUCUCGCCUCGUAUGAUAAUAAGGAAAUUCGUCGUGGCAUCGAAAUGCUCAAGAAGCGUGUUGAGAAGCACUUCGGUGACGCCGAUGAUCCUGGCCUUAGCCGCAGCCUUGUUGUCAAAGUGCUCCGGGAGUGUGAGAACCGUUAUGAGAAUACGUACGAUCGUACCCGGCAGAUUAUUGAAGAUGUCUACGAGGGUCAAUUGGAUAUGGACUGGCGCAAGGAAGAGACCCUUAGCAUGUUCCGGAAAUGA